GUUGUGUCUGCUCUCCGGCUUGCUGUCUGAGUCCGAGGAGGAGAGGGGAAGGCGGCAGGGACGGGAGACGGAGGACCUCGGAGCUUGGUCCGGGGGCGCAGCUGGGCGCUCCGGUGGAGGGUGACCCCGGCUGCGCUGAGGAGGAACAGCUUCCGGGUGUGGAAAAGCUCAUUGUCAACAAACGCAGAACGCUUUAUGUCUCCGGUGCCGGGCUGCAGAAACGCUCUCGUGUGAAGUUGCAGUGGUCUUUCUCAACCAUUCGUGGACAGGAGCAUCUGCACCCUGGUGGUUUUUCUCAGCAGUUUGGGGAGGGAUGGAGACAGCAGGACAGUAAUGAUGACACUGAAGAUGUUGCACUGUUUGAUGCAGAAGAGGAAACAGCUAAUAGACCAAGAAAAUCCAAAAUCAGACACCCAGUGGCAUCAUUUUUCCAUUUAUUCUUUCGAGUCAGUGCAAUUGUAGUCUAUCUUCUCUGUGAAUUGUUCAGCACCAGCUUUAUUGCCUGUAUGGUGACAAUUAUCUUGUUGUUGUCAUGUGACUUUUGGGCAGUCAAGAAUGUCACAGGUAGACUAAUGGUUGGCCUACGUUGGUGGAAUCAUAUUGAUGAAGAUGGAAAAAGCCAUUGGGUGUUUGAAUCCAGGAAGGCACCCCCUCAAGAGAAUAAUACUGUUUCAGAGGCCGAAUCAAGAAUCUUUUGGUUAGGACUUGUCGCCUGUCCGGCGCUGUGGGUCAUCUUUGCCUUCAGUGCGCUCUUCUCCUUCAGAGUGAAGUGGUUGGCAGUGGUUACCAUGGGUGUGGUGCUACAAGGUGCCAACCUAUAUGGCUAUGUCAGGUGCAAAGUGGGCAGCAGAAAGAAUUUAACCAGCAUGGCUACAUCUUAUCUUGGAAAGCAGUUUUUAAGACAAAACACUGGGGAUGAUCAGACUUCCUGAAGAGAGAGUGAAAGCCUCUGUGUUCUGUUACAUUGGGGAACAACUGAAGAGAUUCUUGACUGUGAACCUUCUAGAACUUAGUACAUGUUGCAGAGAGGAGUGUUGGGUUUGUUUUUCCAUAUUAAAAUUUACUUAAGAAAACUAGAAAGUAGUAAUUUUCAUAAGUUUUUAUUUUCUUUUUAGCAUUUGGGGCUUGAAAGUAUGGUGUUGCUAGAAACAUUGUCAAAAUUUGGUUCGUGGGUACAUAUGUGUGUGCACAGUCAUGUAGUAUCCAUAUAUCCCAAAUUAAUGAAAGAGUUUGUGUUCAUGUACACAUGGAAUGGAGACCUUUGUUUUGAUCCAUAGAACAUAGAAGGAUGUUCUUAAACUGUCUCAAAACUGUGUUUACAUAUUAUUUCUGUAAAUUAUUUUCAGAAGAAAGUUUUGCUUCCCUGGUAACAGUGAGCACUUUGGCUUAUGUGUAAGUUAGAAAUAAUUGUUAAUUUUACAACUUAAUAUCAAUAUAUACGUUAUGAUGAAACUCCUUAUUCCUGGCAUUCAGAGGCAGGUAAAAACCAAAUUGGGUCAGAGGGUGAACUAGUUUCUAAAAUUUUGUUUAUUUUUAUUUGUAACAAGUCAUGUAUUUAAGGUUCAAUUAAUAUAAAUGGAUUUUCAUAGCUUAUGUUUAAGGGAUACCUAGAGAUUGCUGCUGUUCUAUUUAUUUUUUGGAAAGUGUAGCCGGAUUUGCUUGGGAACUUCGUAGAAGAGCAUUAGUGGCUGUUGGCCUAAUGAAAUCUUAUCUUUUAUCCCGGAAGGAGUAUUAUUCUUAUGUCUAAAUGAGAAUAAUCACUUUAAUACUUGGCAUAAUAAAUGCCUAAGAGACAUUUCAUUUUAUGAAUCUAUUUUUUUCCUUGUUGUAAUGGGGGUAUUGUAAGUCAUGCCUUUAUAUUAAUGGUAUUUCUUAAAAGGCAACAUAUGUAAUAAUUACAAACUAUUAUAGACAUCUGUAAAUUCUGUUGUAGGUAUACUGUAAACUUUGUUGGAGUCUCAAUCAACAGAUUAUUUUGUGAAUGUAUAUAUACAUUGCUAAAAAUUUUUAAAAGAUGUUUUGUUUAAUUGAAUAAGUGUCAUUGGAAUGAUAGCUUUGAAGGUACAUAACUUUAUAUUUGUAUAAAACUCUAUUGUUUACAAAGCA